UGCAGGCAGAAUAAAUGUGAGGUUAUUAAAUGUUCAGUAUUAUUGUAUUUUUAUUUUUGGUUUCAUAAAAUCUGAUUUCAUAGGAGCAGAUCAGCUGAUUUCCUGUAAGAACAGCAGCAGCAGAGCUUGUUUUCCUCUCCACAGUUGUUCAUGUCACAGUGUUCAUGAGUCGCUGACCCCUGUGUGUUCUMGUGUUGUGUGAGGCGCCACAAUUACAGGAGUUUGUUUAAGAGCCAGAGUCUUCGGGGGCCGGAGACAUCUGGAGAGGCAGACAAAACACUGAGUGCCAUUUCAUUGUUAUAUAUUCAAAACGGAACCAGUCAGCUGGGGCGAGAGAAAGGCGUUGUUACCUUUUCUUAACACGAUUUCCGUCUAUAGUUUGAGCUCUAAACAGGAUUCUAGAGCAUGAAUGUUCACUUCUUCUUUUGCUACGAAUGGACGACCACAGACCUGAAGCUCUAAAUAUUAAUUGAUUUGCUGUUGGGUUUAUUGGCAAAUAUGUUGARGAUCUUGCUCCUGCAGCUCAUUUACAGCUUUCAGAGCUCAUCUGGAGCCAAACAUGAAACGUUGUGCACUUCAGACGCCUGCUUCACCCUGCAUCACAAGGAGCUGCGCUUUGAGGGGGCCCAGAAGGACUGUGAGGACAACGGAGGCAACCUGAUGACCCUCAGAGACAAAAGCGAAGAGUCCACGCUCCUCGAGCUAAUCAGAACACAUCACAGCAAAAGGUUUAAAGUUUGGAUCGGACUGAAACGGAACAAAAACGACUGCAUGCUGCCCGAUGAGACGCUCAAAGGGUUCAAGUGGAUCUCUGGGGAGGAAGAUUCCCAGUACUCCAACUGGAAAACGGAGCCUUCCCACACAUGCUCGCUGGAUAGAUGUGUAAAGGCUGAUUACACAGCUGCACAUCCAGACCAGCUAAAAUGGAUCGAAACGGCGUGCAGAUCCACAGCCCUUUAUGCGUGUAAGUUUUCUUUUAGGGGGAUGUGUAGACCUUUGUCUCUGCUGGGAACAGGUAACGUUACCUACACCCUUCCUUUCUCCAGAGAGCCAAUGAAAAGUGGGAUUCAAUUACUUCCAAUAGGAACAUUUGCAGAUAUUUUUUGUGGUAAAUCYAAGUCUGUGUACUCUGUGUGCAACAACAUAAACAACAACUACAGCUGGACUGAUCCUGGUCCAUUCUGCCAACUGGAAAAACAAAACUGUGGGAUCAACAACGGUGGAUGUGAACACUUGUGCCAUCAAGAUUUAGAUGCUGUUCGUUGUUUUUGUAAAGAAGGUUUUYAGCUGGAGGAUGAUGGGUUUUCCUGCAGGGCCAAAGAUCUCUGUGGUCCUGACUCCUGUGAGCAUCAGUGCGUGACGGGGGAGURGGGGAUAAUCUGCAGUUGUCCAAACGGGUUCAGGCUGAGUGAAAACCAACGCAACUGUUCCGACAUCGACGAGUGCCAAUCAGAGGCCUGUCGGGAUCGUGUGUGUGUCAAUACGCCCGGCAGCUACACGUGCGUGUGUGAAGACGGCUACGAUAUGAUCGAUGGUGACUGUAGACAGGCUGAUGAGUGUGKYCGGUUAGGAUGUGAGUACGGCUGCMUGAACGACAACGGAUCCWUUUCUUGUUACUGCAGAGAGGGGUUUAUUUUGUCCCAGGAUGGACACUCGUGUGUAGACGRUGACCUCUGUGCCAGUAAUCCCUGUUUGAGUGACUUUACGUGCAUUAACACCGUGGGAAGCUUUAUUUGCACCCAUCAACUGAAGACCGACGUGUCAACAGAGACCCCCACACACGUGCCCGUCACACCAGCUGCCCCAUCGGAUGUGGAAACACAAGACUUCACAGAGUCUUUAACCAGAACCACGGUGGAGAUCCAGCAUCAGUCCCCUUACACCGAUGCCCCCCGGCCGGACCUGGUCAAUGUCCGGCUCCAGCAUCUGUCCCCUCACACCGAUGCCCCCRGGCCGGYCCUGGUCAAUGUCCGGCUCCAYCAUCUGUCCCCUCACACCGAUGCCCCCRYGSCGGACCUGGUCAAUGUCCGGCUCCAACAUCUGUCCCCUCACACCGAUGCCCCCCAGUCGGACCUGGUCAAUGUCACGGACCGRYAUCAAAGCAACUGGACCAUGGCAACUAACAAAACCAAGUCCAGCAACUCCAAGCUGCUCAUCUGCGUCCUCGGAUCAGUCAUCCCUCUCUUCCUGUUGGUCACUUUGACUCUGUUCAUUAUCGUUUUCCGAUGCAGUCGCACCAAGAAGGAGGUGAAGAAGAAGACAUCAGCUGACGGUUAUUGCUGGGUGUCGCCUGGUUUGGACCCACGUCUUGAGAAACUGUACGAGUCCAUCCUGACUGAUGACCUAUGACCUGAUYACGAGAACAAAGACUGUCUAUGUUUAUUUUUAUUUAUGUAAUUUAUGUUUUUGUAGCUACACAUUGCAUAUAAAAACCUUUAAUGGAAACCAAACAGUCAUUUGUCUUUGGAACUUUUUAAGAAGCCAAAAUUAACACGUCUAACAGGAAARCUGUGGUUGUUUCCAUAGUAAAGCUGUUAAAAGUUGCUUCCUUUUAUUGUAUGAAGGGUUCUGGGUGUGGAGGUGUUAUUCUUAGGARUGGGGUGGUGCCAGUCAUUUUACCAGCAAACAAUGGAACAAAAUGCACACAUGCAAUCAGUUUUACCCAGAACCUAAACCUGAUGUUUUAAUGGUUUCUUGCUGUUUAGCAUAUGAUCCCAUUACCUCCAUUUGUUUUCAAGAUAAAGACUGUGGAUAUUUAAAAAUAUUAUAAAGGUCUUACCAAAUCACUGACUUUAAAGGUACUUGUUGGAUAAUAUAUCAAACAUAUAGGUUAUUCAGAAACAUAUCAAAUAAUGAUGUUGGAAAGUAGUUUUCCUGUUUCYGUAGUUAAAGUGGAAUCUGGUUAUAAAAUGUUGGUUUAAAACUUUAAUUUAAGAGCAUAUCAACCACCAGUAUGACUAAACACUGCAGGUUUUGUCUUUUUGAUUUAUUUUGUCCCAUUUUUAUGACUGUACAUAGAAUACAUUUGAUUGACAUUUACAGAACUGUGCUAAAGUUCUAAAAUGUUUCUUUUUUUUUCUUUCUUCCAAGUUGUCAGAUGUCACUGUUGUUUCUAAAGUCCGAUUAAAAAACUGAAAGGCCUUUAAAAAACUGGAUUAUAAAAGGUUACAAGAAAGUUUGGCUGCUUGUAAUGAAAAUAUCAAAAUCAAGUGCUGGAUCAGGACUUUUGCACAGUUUUGUCAGUGGUACUGUCUUAUUGAGGAAGUCUGCCAACAUGCAGAAAUGUAUAAUAUGACAAAAAAAAGUGCUUCUUUUUUAGAUUUAUGUCAGGAAUGCCACAAAUUUUAAAAGUACCGUUGUAAAUAAAAGUGCAUGUUGUCUGUCAUGUGACAAAAAUCUAAAUAAACUGUUUUGAUAAGUAACAUUUGGCUUUAGUUAUUUGGUGACAUCUAGUGGCGUAAAUCAUCUGAUGCUGUUUUCAUAGAUGUGUCCACAGAUCUUUGCUGGCAGACAUUUUGAGGGACGGACUCUGGAAAAAAGGUGUUGGAAACACUGCAAGUUCCAUUUAAACAAAAUGUGGUGCGAUCUGACAUGYAUGAACUUUGACCUCUAAUCUCUUUGGAAGUUUAUGGGCUUUAUGAUUACCCUUGGUAUUAUCCAUUUGUUUUAUUUUUCCCUCUUGUGGACAUGUCCAAAGGUUGUCUCCAGUCCUGUGGACUUUCUGAAUGCUCUUCUGUCACAAGAGCAUGAAGCUGUGUGGAGGUUGUUUUGUAGUCUUCACUUUUAAUUGCUCCAUAAUUUUCUUUCUAAGCUCCUGAGACUCUGUCCUCGGCUUUCUUUGCUCCAUUGGUACACCUUGAUACCUGUGAUGCUGAUUAAAGGACACACCUCAGUUCAACAUGU